GACCUUUUCUGGAAUGUCCUAGUCCUGCUCACCCCUACCGCUCUCGUCCUUGCUGUCGACAAACGAAGGAAUCCAGCUCUGUACCAAGACUCGACCGCAUCUCCAUUGAACAGCGACAACCAUACCUUCAAAACUGAAGCAAUGAGGAGAAUCUUUGGUCUUGGUUCUGCCUCGGCUACCAUACUUCCUGGCGCAAACUCUCUGAGAAGAGCCAGCUGGCUCGGCGGUCUCAGCUCCACAUCUGAUGCUCCGCCAGGCCUUGGAAACUGGGACAACUCUUGCUAUCAGAACAGUGUCCUGCAGGGGCUGUCUGCUUUCCAGUCUCUGACCACCUACUUGGAACAGUCAAACGCAACUAGGUCUGAGGAUGCCUCAACAACCGUGGGCUCAUUACGCGACCUCAUGGCAAAACUGAACGAUUCUUCCAACAAUGGCUGCCGAAUCUGGACUCCGGCCAAGUUGAAGUCUAUGAGCAGCUGGCAGCAGCAGGAUGCUCAAGAAUACUUCUCAAAGAUUAUGGAUGACAUGGAGAAAGAGACGACCAAAGCUCUGAAGACCGCACCAGGCACAGCGGGACUUCAAGAAGUAGGCUUGCUAGACAUCGUCAAGGCAUCCGGUUCUGUCAACCAGAACACGGCCGCACAACGACGCAAUCCCCUAGACGGCUUCCUUGCACAACGAGUCGCAUGCACCAGCUGUGGCUUCUCUGAAGGUCUCUCUAUGAUUCCGUUCAACUGUGUUACGGUACCGCUUGGCAGAAAUUACAGUUACAAGAUCGAGGACUGUUUGAACGAGUAUACAAGCCUGGAAGAGAUUACUGGUGUGGAAUGCGCCAGGUGUACGUUGUUGCGUACGAAGUCACAGCUCGAACAAAUGACGACCGAAUCCGAUCAUUCUAAUGAGCAAUCUGGUUCUUCCUCGGCCUCUCUGCCUCCACAACUUCGCGAAAUGGCCCUGCAAAGGUUGCAGGCAGUAAAGCAAGCGCUCGCGGAUGGAGACGUUUCCGACGACACACUCAACAAGAAGUGCCAAAUCUCCAAGAAAUCUCGAGUAUCUAGCACCAAAACUCGCCAAGCUGUAGUCGCCAGAGCGCCGCAGUGUUUGGUGGUACAUGUGAAUCGCAGCGUUUUCGACGAGUACACAGGUGCUCAAAGCAAAAAUCUGGCCGAAGUCACAUAUCCCAAGAUGCUCAAUAUAGGCCCGUGGUGCUUAGGCACUACCAAGAAUGCUGCCCAGUAUGUCCUUCGAGCUGCUGUCGCUCACUAUGGUCGCCAUGAAAACGGCCACUACAUCUGCUAUCGUGAGCAUCCGGAACACAUAAAGGAUGCCGAUAAGGACACCCUAUCAAAGCAAACACCUACAAAGUGGUGGAGACUCAGUGAUGAUGAUGUGUCUGCCGUCAGUGAAGAUCAUGUUCUCGGACAAGGUGGUGUUUUCAUGCUUUUCUAUGAACGUUUG